AUGAAGCGUCGACGCAUACUCCCCGCCGUCCUGCUCUUUAUGGAGCUACAAUUCUCACAAGUAGCACAAUCCUUCAUCUUAGGAUUCCAACUAUCCUCCGACCCGGUCAUUACAUUGAAAACGUAUCCAUACCUAGACGGCAACCCUGAUCGCGUUGAUUUAACAAACUGCCAAGAAGGACCUGAUGGAGAAGUCCUAGCCGUCGGUGUCAUAAACGGUGUAAAGCAGGGUAUUGGCGCGAACACACGGCGAAAGAUGAGAGCAAUAGCACUAUGGAGAGAGCCAGAUUGCCUUGCCACGACUCCGGAUUAUAUCAUUAGUUGGAGGGAGGGAAUCCAAGGGAUGCAACUUGCAGAUAUGGCGUUGGCGGGGCAGGUUAUAAAUGUUAGAAGUUGGAUGGACUUGCAACCAAAGAAUACGCAUUUACGAAGACUAGGCCAACCUUUUGGGUACAUUUACAAGUUCGGGGGUAAUGGAGCUGACCCCAAUGAAGGCGAAGAGGGUGAGCGUAUUUACGUCGAGGAAGGAAUGCCGGUGGUUACUACUGGAAUAGAGGAAACUCCAGCUGCUGCAAAGUUAGAGUUGAUUCAAAGGGCCGGGGCGGUUCGAAAGGCCUUCUUAACGAUGGAUGAAAUUGAUGAUGAUGGUGAUGAUGAUGAUGAUGAUAAUGGCAAUGAUGGCAAUGAUUAUGUAGAAGAUGUUAGUCAAUAUCAGUCAAAUCCGCAACCGGAGGGUACGAGUUAUACGCAAACAAAUGGUCCGCAUGGCGGGUGGCAGUACGCUGGCAGCGGACAACGUCAAAGGGAGCUGAAUACAAUGGCGAACACGAACUCGCAAGGCCGAAUUCCAAUGGGACAAAAUCCAUCCCUACAAUCUUGGGCAACAGGGAAUCCAUACAUGAUACGGGCUGGGGCAAAUAUGAUGAUGCAUCCGUUUCCCAAUAUCAAUAACAUCCCCACGCCGCUUUCACUACCUUACCAAUCUCAAAACAUGAUGUCUAACCCGUUUAUGAGACUUCCACAAUUGCCACAACAGCCUCAGAAUAGUAUCCCCUUCGACUCGUCGACGCAGCAGCUAACAUCCUAUCUCGCGAACCCGCUUAUAUACACCCAGCAGGGGUUUCCUGAUGUUAAUGCUAACGGUAUGAACCAAAACAAUCAACCCUGGCCGCUUACAAGACCACCAAACCCGCAAAACAUCCCACAGACGGACGAGUCAGCCAAAGCGAGACAAUUAUUAGAAGAAGCUGUAUCUCAAUUUGGAUAUGAACUUUGA